CGCACUGAUUUAUCGGGAGAGAAGGAAACAGGAGACAACGACCGGAGGAGUCGAAGGAGAGGAAUCGAGCCUGUCCUGGUGGAGCUGCGUUCUAAAACGGGAUUUUUAAACACGGAAUAACUGCAUUAAUAGUUGCCCAUGACAGCUCGUAAAUGUAGUGGGAAUUCAUUUGUUUUUCCCGGGGAUAAAGCGCGUUAAAAGCAAGGAGUUUAAAGUUCCCCGGUCUCCUGAAGUCUACUACCCUUCUGUAACCGCUAGGCUGGAGUGGUGACGCGGCUCAACUGAAAAAAAUCCAUAACAUACAACGAAGAACCAAGCAAUAGGAAAUACUAUUUCUGGAUCAAGUUUUUUCUACCAUUUUAAUUGAAAACGUGCCUUUGACCGCGAACGGUGGAAUACCGGCCCAUUUCGGUGGUCGUUUAACAAGAAUAUUCAACUUUUAGACGCUUGCUCGCUAGCAUUAGCAGGCUAAACAUCAUAGCUAACGUUAACAAACUAGCUAGCAGCUAGCUACGUGACAUCAGUUAGCGUACACACUUGCCUUCUUUUUUAUCUGUGUGAUAUUUUAUUUGACGUUAUAUAAGUUACAUAGUAGCUCUAGCUACGUUUACCAACAACCACUUUUAUCUUGGCAGUAUGCGCGGUUGUGUUUAUUUAGGAAAACUAGUUAACUGGUGUUUUCACAAGAUAUUGUAACCUUAGUUAGCUGAAUGUUUUUAUCCUUUGGAAUAUCUGGAGAACUAGCUAGCUAGCUGGGUAGCUAGCGAAUGUUAGCUAGCACUAGCCAGAACUCUCGGGAUAUUAUCCUCCGCUGUGCGUUGAUGGUGCGGCCUUUGGAUUUUUUUCUUCAUUUUGGAUAAUUUUUUGUGUUGUGAUUGUUUUCUUUUUGUGGAUAGUAUAUUUUGGAUGGCCCGGAGAACACAUGACUGCACUUUAAACAUUUUGUGCCGUCGCAUUUCGCUUGCUUGCUUGCAAGCUACAAACCCGGUUAACUAACUAGCUAGCUAGCUAAAUAGUUUGCUGGCUAACGACACGGACGGAAAAGGACUUCACUUAGGCAGAAAACGUAUUUCCUCUGAACCUGCAAGAUGAUGUGCGAGGUGAUGCCCACCAUCAGCGAGGCGGAGGUCCCGGGAGGGGCGGGGGGCCGGGGCUCCGCCUCGCCCCUGCAGUCGGACACGGACGGCCAUUUCGAGUCUCUGAUGGUGUCCAUGCUGGAGGAGAGAGACCGGCUGUUGGACACGCUGAGGGAGACCCAGGAGAACUUGGGCCUGACCCAGGGCAAGCUGCAUGAGGUCAGCCACGAGAGGGACGCCCUGCAGAGACAGCUCAACACAGCACUGCCCCAGGAGUUUGCUGCGCUCACUAAGGAGGUGAACAUGUGCAGGGAGCAGCUGCUGGAGCGGGAGGAGGAGAUCUCCGAGCUGAAGGCCGAGAGGAACAACACCAGGCUGCUGCUGGAGCACCUGGAGUGCCUGGUCUCUCGGCACGAGCGCUCCCUGCGCAUGACGGUGGUGAAGCGGCAGGCCCAGUCCCCCGCCGGCGUGUCCAGCGAGGUGGAGGUGCUCAAGGCCCUCAAGUCUCUGUUCGAGCACCACAAGGCCCUGGACGAGAAGGUCAGGGAGAGACUGCGGAUCGCCCUGGAGCGCUGCAGCGCGCUGGAGGAACAGCUCACGUCUUCUCAGAAAGAGCUGGCAUAUCUGAGAGAGCAGCACAGCUUGAAGAAGGCACUGCUUGACGGAUCGGUAGAAAUCAACCACGAUGGGGAGAAUACUCCGAGCACCAAUGGAAAGCGGUCGUCCGACGGCUCUCUGAGCCACGAGGAGGACGUGGCCAAGGCCCUGGAGCUCCAGGAGAUGAUGGACAGGCAGAGCCGGGACCUGUGUCAGAUGAAGGAGAGGCUGGCCGCUCUGUCGGGCCGGGUGGUGGAGCUGGAGGAGGACCUGGACACCGCCCGCAAGGACCUCAUCAAGUCCGAGGACAUGAACACCCGCCUGCAGAGGGACAUCCGGGAGUCCAUGGCCCAGAAGGAGGACAUGGAGGAGAGGAUCACCACGCUGGAGAAGCGCUACCUCGCCGCCCAGCGCGAGGCCACGUCUGUGCACGACCUCAACGACAAGCUUGAGACCGAGAUCGCCAACAAAGAGUCCAUGUUCAGACAGACUGAGGAUAAGAACAGGCAGCUGCAGGAGAGGCUGGAGUUGGCGGAGCAGAAGCUGCAGCAGACCAUGCGGAAGGCUGAGACCCUGCCGGGCGUGGAGGCGGAGCUUGCCCAGCGGGUGGCCGCACUCACCAAGCCUGACCGUUCGCUGUGCGCCGGCUCCAGCCCUCAGGAGGCUGUGUCGCAGAGGAAGGCCGAGGAGAGGCACGGGAACGUGGAGGAACACCUCAGGCAGCUGGAGGCUCACCUGGAGGAGAAGAACCAGGAGUUACUGAGGGCGCGGCAGCGGGAGAAGAUGAACGAGGAGCACAACAAGCGGCUGUCGGAGACGGUGGACAAACUGCUGUCCGAGUCCAACGAGAGGCUGCAGCUCCACCUGAAGGAGAGGAUGUCCGCUCUGGAGGAGAAGAAUUCCCUCAUCCGUGAACUGGAACACACAAAGAAGCUGAUAGAAGAAGCGCACCAUGAGAAGGAGCAGCUCCUCAUUGAGAUCGAGACCAUUCGGGCAGAGAGCGAGCACGGCAGGAACAGGAGCAACUCCCUGCUGCAUUCUGGACACUCCCCCCUGGGCAGCACGCCGGACUUCAGGUACCCCGUCUCGGCAUCCUCCAUGAUGGACAACCAUGCGGACAUCUACAACAGCGCCAUGGUGCUGCGCAGGCCGCAGAAGGGCCGGGUCGCCGCGCUCAGGGACGAGCCCUCCAAGGUGCAGACGCUGAACGAGCAGGAGUGGGAGCGCGUUCAGCAGGCUAACGUUCUGGCCAACGUGGCGCAGGCCUUCGAGAGCGACGUGGACAUCUCCGACAUGGAGGACGACCGCGAGACCAUCUUCAGCUCGGCCGACCUGCUGUCCCCCGCCGGGCAGGCCGACGCCCAGACCCUCGCCAUGAUGCUGCAGGAGCAGCUGGACGCCAUCAACACCGAGAUCAGGAUGAUCCAGGAGGAGAAGGACAACGCGGCGCAGAGGGCGGAGGAGAUCGAGAGCCGGGUGGGCAGCGGAGACGCCCUGGGGGGCCGCUUCCGCUCCCUCAGCUCCCUGCCCCCGUCCUACGCCGGGUCCUCCCUGGCCGGGUCCUCGCCCCCCGGGUCCGGCAGCUCCACCCCCCGCCGGGCGAGCCACAGCCCCAGCAGAGAGGUGGACCGCAUGGGCGUCAUGACCCUGUCUGCACAGGAUGACAAAGCCACGAUAAAGUGUGAGACCUCUCCUCCUUCAACCCCACGCUCCAUGAGACUCAACAAGGGAGCCAUUCACGCAGCCAGCCACGAAGACAUCCGAGAUAUCAGGGGCUCUGCAGGCUUCCAGGACGGCCAGGGCAGCAACCCCAGCAGCAGCAACAGCAGCCAGGACUCGCUCAACAAGGCUGCCAAGAAGAAGGGCAUCAAGUCCUCCAUCGGCCGCCUCUUCGGCAAGAAGGAGAAGGGCCGGCCCGGCCCCCCCGGCAAGGAGUCCCCCGGCCAAGCAGGUACCCCUGAAGCUGAGAACUCUUCUCCAGAAGCCCUAGGACUGGGAAAACUUGGGGGCCAGGGGGAGAAGAACAGGAAACUGCAGAAAAAGCACGAGGUGCUGGACGAGGCUCGGAGGCUGGGCCUGCCCUUUGCUCAGUGGGACGGGCCCACAGUGGUGGUCUGGCUGGAGCUGUGGGUGGGAAUGCCCGCCUGGUACGUGGCGGCCUGCCGGGCGAACGUGAAGAGCGGUGCCAUCAUGUCCGCCCUGUCCGACACGGAGAUCCAGCGGGAGAUCGGCAUCAGCAACCCGCUCCACCGGCUCAAACUACGGCUGGCCAUUCAGGAGAUCAUGUCCCUGACCAGCCCGUCUGCCCCGCCCACCUCCCGCACGUCUACGGGCAAUGUGUGGGUCACGCACGAAGAGAUGGAGAGCCUCGCGGCCACGCCUCAGACGGAGGAUGAGGAGGGUAGCUGGGCCCAGACGCUGGCGUACGGGGACAUGAACCACGAGUGGAUCGGGAACGAGUGGCUGCCCAGCCUGGGCCUGCCUCAGUACCGCAGCUACUUCAUGGAGUGCCUGGUGGACGCCCGCAUGCUGGACCACCUGACCAAGAAGGACCUGCGCGGGCAGCUCAAAAUGGUGGACAGCUUUCACAGAAAUAGUUUCCAGUGUGGUGUGAUGUGUCUACGGCGGCUAAAUUAUGACCGGAAAGAGCUAGAGAGACGACGAGAACAAUCCCAAAUAGAAGUACAAGAUGUGCUGGUAUGGAGCAAUGACCGGGUGAUAAACUGGGUGCAGUCCAUCGGGCUGAAGGAAUAUGCUAACCACCUGCUGGAGAGCGGAGUGCACGGAGCCCUGCUUGCCUUAGACGAAACCUUCGACCACAACGCACUCGCCCUCCUGCUGCAGGUCCCCACUCAGAACAUACAGGCACGGGCUACUCUGGAGCAGGAAUAUAACAGCCUCCUGUCCCUGGGCACGGAGAGGAGGACGGAGGAGGACGACGAUAAGAACUUCCGGAGGGCUCCUUCCUGGCGGAAGAAGUUCCGACCCAAAGACAUGAGAGGGAUGACCCCGGGCUCCACCGAGACGCUUCCUGCCAACUUCAGGGUGACGAGCACCAUGUCCUCCCCAUCUAUGCAGCCAAAGAAGGUGCCCAUGGACGGAGGUGUGUCUGGUACGCAAAGGCUGGACUCCGCUACAGUCAGGACUUACUCCUGUUAGCCCUUCUCUCGUUUACCCCCAUUACUUCUAUAGGUGAUUAUCCACCGUUCAUCCAGCUGAAGACAUCAGCAUUCACUAAAUCAGGACGGAAUCUUGGCCAUUUGAGGACACUAAAUAUUUAAUUACAGAGAAUAACGUGGCUGAUCUCUUCAGUACCUUAGAGAAGAUAUUUUAGAUUAUUGUAUUUGUUUAUUAUAUUUAUGAACUUAUGGGACAUUUCAUUUAUAUAGACUUAAUAUGUAUCGUUUCCUGUUUUUUUUUUUCCAUUCUGAAUCUUUGUUUCCUCCUCUCCUGUGCCCUUAUCAAAUGCAAAACACUAUCAGAUGUAAAUGAAUGUAUUACGCAUCUGAAGUUUGUAUAUUUAUCUACAAGCAUUAAUCUUUUUUUAUACUGCAGAUCUUGUAUUGACCACAGAUGUCUUUUUAAUAAUGGAAUUUAAUCUAAAGUGACUGCUUUAACACAAACUUUAAAAUUUAUACUUCAUUAUAUAUAUAUAUAUAGCUUUUGAUUUUUAAAGUUCAGCUUGAAGGUCAAUAGUAAUUUCUCUAUUCCAGUAAACUGGCACAUUUCUCUGAGUGACAUUGCGUAACAUCGCACUUGAGUGUGCUGGAGAUGUUGAGGGCCAUGGUCAUGAAUGAAGUGGUUGUCGUGCCCCCAGUGUUCAACACAAACCUCUGCAAAGUCCGUACAUAUCUUUUUUAAAUUGUGAUACCAAAAGGAAACUUUUCAGGAAGCCAUAAGCACUACGAAGGCGGAGACGUGUCUUGGGCGAAUUGCUUGGCUGCCAGGUACUCUGACAAUAAACAAUCUGGCGACCACAGGAGCCAGAAUACUCCAUUUCUCCCUCUUCCUUGUCGGAAAGGCUCGCGACGAGACGCUGUAAUGCCGCGGCUUUGUUUUAAGGACCAAUUCCACUGUGGCCUCAUUUCCUAUGGUGAGUCUGAAGACAGCAGCACAAUUCCUUCAAGAACCUUUGAACACAUUGUAUUAUGUCUUUUAAUUAAGCCUUAUGUUUAUUAUGUCUGUUUUAUUUAUUCCGUGUUUGUCUGUCAGUAUUUGUAUAGCAGUUGCCAUUUAUUCAUAUUGUGAUUUCCGGUGCGUUUCUGAAUAUGUUGCUCCAUUGAUAUCAAACACAGGUUUCUCAGUAUUUAUAUGGGUUCAUAAUGUUGAGAAAUCUAAGACUCAUGUAAGCUUGGAAGUGGUUUUCUUCAUGCGCGUACAAUAGCUCUUUAUCUCUGUGAUUUUAGAUAUUUUUGUUGUGGAAAUUCAUAUCACUGUCUUUUUGUAAUUGUCUUCAGUUUAUCAUUUUAAAUUUCAUGAACUUGUAACAAAAAUUAUGUACAUUUGAACUGUAUCACAGUAUUAUUUAUUGCUGACUUUCAAUAAAAUACUGAACUUGUUUUCCACUGCCAAUAAAAAGACUAAGUCUUGGUUUAAAAAAAUAAAUAAAUAAACACCUGUGA